AUGGCGGAUCUUCAGCGGGAAGUGUCGCGGGCCGUGCGCGAAGAGCGGGCGGCGCAGAGCCAGAGCAGUUCGCUGCGGGCCGCGCCAGCGCGCGUGGCUCCUCGUCUGGCUGAGCCUCCCGUGGUCCCUCCGCCAGCCGCUGCACUUCCCCCUCCUGACUUUGCCCCAUCGGUUCAUGCUCCUGCUGCCUCGGCCCCUCCCUCUGGCUCUCGUCUCCAUCUGCCGCCGGUUCCGCCUGUUGCGGGAGUGGAGUUUGUUGCUGCGGAGGCGACGCUUGGCCAGCUUCACCGACUCGCGGAGAACCUCCACGCGUUGCUGCUGAUUCAAGUUCUCGCUCACUCGUCCCUCCCCGUGACUCCUCCAGAGACUUUCCGCGAACGCCAGCGUGACACGUGCUUGGACGCGGCGGACCAGCUCGCGUCGCUGCUGGCGCCCGUGUUGGCUGCGCCCGCGGAGGGUGGCGCUGCUGCUGCGGGACAGCUUGACGAGGCUGUCCGGGGCUUGAGGCGGCACUUGCGCGCAGGAUCUGGAGCCGCGGCGAUCGGCGCAAGCACGCUUGUGGUCCGGGAGCUGUGGCGCUCCCUGACGGGCGUUCUUCACGCCCUUGGAGCUCACCGCAUGUAG